AUGCUCAUCUACGUCGGUAAACUCAGCUAUCCCCCCUACGCCUCGAACGAGCUGGUCACCGUCAUCUUCCGUGACAACAUUCAGUCCGGAGACCUGGUGUCUGUGAUCCACCAGUGGUCCAAGGACGCGAGCGGCAAGGAGAAAGCAAACUCCCAUGCACACGGCACGGUCAAUAAGGUUGCUUCGGGCAGUGAGGGCAAGAAAGAGGUUGAGAUCUUGUAUGAGAAUCGAGACAAGACUUAUUAUUGGUACAAGGGAACUGUGUCGGGCGAUACUCUGACCCUGUCGAUGUGGAACAAGGGUGGCGAGAAGGUUGCGGAUUCCAUCCGGUUGCAUCUUGCCUUCUUCUAA